UCACGCAAGAUGGCGCCGUUUCCGCUGGGUGCCGGAAGAGGCGGGGCUAGCCCGCUGAAGGGAGGGGAAGAUGGCGGACGGCGGGAAGGGGCGGCCGGCGGCGGCCCCGGGGGGAAAAGCGCUGACAACGGAGCAGGUGGUCGCCCGGUUCAACCGGCUGCGGCAGGAGCAGCGUGGCCUGGCCUCCAAGGCGGCCGAGCUGGAGCUGGAACUCAACGAGCACAGCCUGGUGAUCGAGACGCUGCGGGAGGUUGAUCCCACUCGCCGCUGUUACCGGAUGGUCGGUGGCAUCUUGGUGGAACGCACCGUCAAGGAGGUGCUGCCGGCGCUGGAGGCCAACAAGGAGCAGAUCAACAAGCUGCUGGAGUCGCUGUCGCAGCAGCUGCAGGCGAAGGGCCGGGAGCUGAACGAGUUCCGCGAGCAGCACAACGUGCGGCUGCUGGGGGAGGAGGACGCGCGGCCCCCCCGCGACGGAGCCCCGGGGGGCAAGGGGGGCGCAGCCGGGGUGCUGGUGUCCUGACCCCCCCUGUUUCCCACCCCCCCCCCCCCCCCCCAGUGUCCCCCCCUGCUGUGUUUAGUGCUGCUCCCAAUGGGUUUUUGUUAAAUAAAUGUCUUUUUGUUUUGGUCUUUG